UCCAAAGAGUCCUGUCCGUAGGAAAGCAUGCUAUGUUCAGAUCCCUGGCCAUCAGUUCGGUUAAAAGGCGUCCCGGGGGACGGAGCGGAGGACGCAGACAGCGGCAGCGAGAGCAGGAGCGGCGGCGAGGAAACCAGCGUGUGCGAGAAGUGCUGCGCAGAGUUCUUCAAGUGGGCGGACUUCCUGCAGCACAAGAAGGCCUGCACCAAGAACCCGCCGGUGCUGAUCGUGCACGAAGAUGAGCCGGCGCCGCCCUCCGAGGACUUUCCAGAACCUUCUCCCGCCAGCUCGCCCAGCGACCGCGCUGAGAGUGAGGCGGCUGAGGAGGUGGCGCCCUCGGAAGGCAGCGAGGUGAAGGCCGCGACAAAGGAGGCCGAGCCCAUGGACGUGGAGGCUUCUGCAGACAAGGGCCCUGCGGGCCCGGGUGUGGCCCCACCGCCACCGCCAUUGCCACCGCAGCCGGAGCCUGCGGCCUUCAGCAUGCCGAGUACCAACGUGACGCUGGAGACGCUGCUGAGCACCAAGGUGGCCGUGGCACAGUUCUCGCAGGGGGCGCGCGCCGGCGGCACCGCGGGCGCCGGUGGCAGCGUGGGCGCUGUGGCUAUCCCCAUGAUCCUGGAGCAGCUGGUGGCGCUGCAGCAGCAGCAGAUCCACCAGCUGCAGCUCAUUGAGCAGAUCCGCAGCCAGGUGGCCCUGAUGAGCCGGCAGCCUGGGCCUCCGCUGAAGCCCUCGGCCAGCGGCCCUGGCACAGCCGCCGUGCAGCUCCAGGGCCUGGCUCCGCACGCGGCCCUCCAGCUCUCCGCCGGGCCCGCCGCCGCCUCUGCCGGCUCAGGCUCCACCCUGCCCGCAGCCUUCGAUGGCCCCCAGCACCUGUCGCAGCCUGCGUCUGGCACAAGCACUCCCGGCAGCACCGGUACUGGCCCGGCCGAAUCUGGGGCCCACCCAGCCUGCAGCACUGGCCCGGCUCCAGGAGCUGUGGCCGCAGCACCCAGCACAGUGGGCAACUCGGUGCAGCCCCAAAAUGCAUCUACGCCCCCUGCUCUGGGCCCCGGACCCCUCCUCAGCUCAGCCUCCAAUCUGCCAAACCCUCUGCUACCUCAGACUUCGUCCAGCAGCGUCAUCUUCCCCAACCCGCUGGUUAGCAUUGCUGCCACAGCCAAUGCCCUGGACCCCCUGUCGGCCCUUAUGAAGCACCGCAAGGGCAAGCCCCCCAAUGUGUCAGUGUUCGAGCCCAAGGCCAGUGCCGAGGACCCUUUCUUUAAGCACAAGUGCAGGUUCUGUGCCAAGGUCUUCGGCAGCGACAGCGCCUUGCAGAUCCACCUGCGCUCCCACACAGGGGAGCGGCCCUUCAAGUGCAACAUCUGCGGGAACCGCUUCUCCACCAAGGGCAACCUGAAGGUCCACUUCCAGAGGCACAAGGAGAAGUACCCCCACAUCCAGAUGAACCCCUACCCUGUCCCUGAGUACCUCGACAACGUGCCCACCUGCUCCGGGAUUCCCUACGGCAUGUCCCUGCCCCCAGAGAAGCCGGUGACCACCUGGCUGGACAGCAAGCCAGUGCUGCCCACUGUGCCCACAUCAGUAGGGCUGCAGCUACCCCCUACUGUCCCUGGCAACCACAGCUACGCCGACUCCCCUAGCAUUACUCCUGUCAGCCGUUCCCCUCAGAGGCCCUCUCCAGCAUCCAGCGAAUGCACCUCUCUCUCUCCAGGCCUCAACAAUACCGAGUCCGGUAUCGCGGUGAGGCCCGAGUCGCCCCAGGCGCUCCUUGGUGGGCCUCCGCUCACUAAAACAGAGCCAGUCAGCCUGCCCUGUUCCAGCACUAGGACAGGGGACGCUCCUGUGGUGGGCGGGCAGGUGAGUGGAUUGCCCACUUCGGCUGCCACCACCGUCACAGACAGCGCCUGCACGAGCCUUGGCAGCCCUGGCCUUCCGGCCGUUUCUGACCAGUUCAAGGCCCAGUUUCCUUUCGGUGGGCUGCUUGACUCUAUGCAAACGUCAGAGACCUCAAAACUGCAGCAGCUGGUGGAGAACAUUGACAAGAAGAUGACCGACCCCAAUCAGUGUGUCAUCUGCCACCGCGUGCUGAGCUGCCAGAGCGCACUGAAGAUGCACUACAGGACGCACACGGGGGAGAGGCCCUUCAAGUGCAAGAUCUGUGGCCGCGCCUUCACCACCAAAGGCAACCUGAAGACGCACUUUGGGGUGCACCGUGCAAAGCCCCCGCUCCGAGUGCAGCACUCCUGCCCCAUCUGCCAGAAGAAGUUCACGAACGCCGUGGUGCUGCAGCAGCACAUCCGGAUGCACAUGGGCGGGCAGAUCCCAAACACGCCGCUGCCGGAGGGCCUCCAGGAGGCCAUGGACGCCGAGCUGCCCUUUGACGAGAAGACUGCGGAGACCCUCAGCAGCUUCGACGAUGACAUCGAUGAGAACUCCAUGGAGGAGGAGGAGCCGAAGGACACGGCCAGUGACUCCUCCAAACCGCUCCUUUCCUACUCGGGGUCCUGUCCACCCUCGCCCCCAUCGGUCAUUUCCAGCAUUGCUGCCCUGGAGAAUCAGAUGAAGAUGAUAGACUCGGUCAUGAACUGCCAGCAGCUGGCCAGCUUGAAAUCAGUGGAAAACGGGUCUGGGGAAAGCGACCACUUGAGCAAUGACUCCUCCUCUGCGGUGGGUGACCUGGAGAGCCGCAGCGCGGGCAGCCCUGCCCUGUCAGAGUCCUCCUCCUCCCAGGCCCUGUCGCCCGCUCACAGCAACGGUGAGAGCUUCCGUUCCAAGUCUCCGGGUCUCGGCCAUCAGGAGGACCCACAGGAGAUCCCACUGAAGACUGAAAGGCUGGACAGCCCACCCCCCGGCCCAGGAAACGGAGGUGCCCUGGACCUGACAGCGGGCCAUCCCGGCAGGCCACUCAUCAAGGAGGAGGCCCCCUUCAGCCUGCUGUUCCUGAGCAGAGAGCGGGGUCCCAGCCACAGCACACCCAGCCUGACCUCCAGCCCCGCGCCCACCAUGAUCAAAAUGGAAGUGAACGGUCACAGCAAGGCCAUCGCAUUGGGUGAGGGCCCAGCCCUACCAGCCGGGGUCCAGGUCCCUACUGGGCCCCAGACAGUGAUGAGCCCGGGCCUGGCACCCAUGCUGGCCCCCCCACCGCGCCGGACACCCAAGCAGCACAACUGUCAGUCCUGUGGGAAGACCUUCUCCUCAGCCAGUGCCCUGCAGAUCCAUGAGCGCACCCACACUGGGGAGAAGCCCUUCGGCUGCACCAUCUGCGGCAGGGCCUUCACCACCAAGGGCAAUCUCAAGGUACACAUGGGCACCCACAUGUGGAACAACGCACCUGCGAGGCGUGGCCGCCGCCUGUCUGUGGAAAACCCCAUGGCCCUGCUCGGUGGGGAUGCUCUGAAGUUCUCUGAGAUGUUCCAGAAGGACUUGGCAGCUCGGGCAAUGAAUGUUGACCCGAGCUUUUGGAACCAGUAUGCGGCUGCCAUCACCAACGGGCUGGCCAUGAAGAACAAUGAGAUUUCUGUCAUCCAGAAUGGAGGCCUCCCUCAGCUCCCUGUAAGUCUAGGCGGCGGUGCCAUCCCGCCUUUGGGCGCCAUGGCUAGUGGGGUGGACAAGACACGCACUGGCAGCAGUCCGCCCACUCUCAGCUUGGACAAGGCAAGUUCAGAGACGGCAGCCAGCCGGCCAUUCACGAGGUUCAUUGAGGAGAACAAGGAAAUUGGAAUAAACUAGCCCGAUACCCUUAAGACUCCAUCCUCCUGUUCUGUCCCGAGUCCGCUCCUCACUGAUG